UGAAGAUCCACUCCUGAGAAGCUACAAAAACCGCAAACCUUGGGCAACAUUUAAAAAGGGCGCAUAAACAUUUUGACUGGUUUAGCUUAUUUGCCAAUUCAAAAACAACCUGCAGUGUUGAAAAGUAGGUGUGGAGGUCAGCUAUUGUUUGAAACAUCGAAUGUUGUAACUUAGAGCUUGAGAAUUAGCAAACCAGUUAAAACUGUCAAAAUGCUUAUCCGCCCUUAUCUAGUGUUGGUCUAGAAAUGCGGUUUUAGUGUUUCGUGCAUUCAGAAAUUUGAAUUUUGAUCAAAUGCAGCGGCUCCACCAAAGUAUCGACAUCCUGCUUAGUGAUGGAGACGCAUGAUACUUCUGUCUUAGUUCACCACAGAAGAAAGCCUAUUUUUAGGCGCAAAAUCUUACUUGGUAGCCCAUAUUCGGGCCAAACUGCACUGUUCAUGCGUCGCUAAUCGAAGCCGACAGCGAUUCAUCCUUGCACUGUUUUCCCUCCAAGACGCACGAUGAAUAUUCAUGCUUCCAUCCGGGAGAUCUCCACGCGUGAUGAUAAUGAGUGGAAAAUUCUUAAGGUACAACACCACCUACCAGACCUCCAUUCAGGUGGAACAGGACAUGGCGCUUUCCGCGAACCGCUCUAAAUUGUAGGUGUCUGCCCCGUGGGUGACUGUAAAUUACUCGCGAGGAGCAAUAAAUUUUUGUAUAAAAACGAAAGGAUUGCCCCGAGAUAGGCACAGUUUUCCUUCGGGGUGUCAUCACUACACACGGUGUUGUUCGGCUUAAAGUUUGGUGAAGUUUAGUCUCUUUGCACGUGGAAAAGAACAAAUUCAAGGACAACCUAAAGUUACGGCUUCUAGCGAUGGCCCCCACCUUUAGCGUGGUGUUCAUACUGUGCUGCGGGAUGCUGCUGCUGCUGCUGAUGGCCGCCACCACUGGCAGCACUGGCACCGUCGAGGCCACCAGCCGGGUGGAGCGAAACUCGACGGAGUCGUUCCGGCGGGUCACGCGGGAUCGGCGCCGCUACUGCGGCAAGGUGCUGACCGAUGCGUUGGCCAUGGUGUGCACCAGCUAUCCGUCCCCGUGGAGGAAGAAGUCGAUGGAACCCUCGUCCACCUCCUCCGACGAGGAAACCUCCGCCGAAAGCAGCUACCGCGAGCAGUUGCUCGCCGAAAUCAAGCAGGACCUGGACGAGCUGGAGCAGCUAUCGCCGGAAAUGUUCGCCGAAAAGCCGCCCCAACCAUUCCACCCGUUCUACCCACGAUCCUACCAAGUUCACGCGAAUGAAGCACGUGGCGGCCAUCGCCGCGUCCGGCGCCAGAUCGUGGACGAAUGCUGCCGCAAGAGUUGCACCAUGAAAACGCUCAAGCAGUACUGUGCCGAUUAAGGCUUUUGGAAUAAGUUUCUGAGAUUACAGAUUCCCGUGUGAGAUUUCCGGUUGAGAAAAUGUGCCAAAUAAAGUAGAUUUCAGCCUAA